GGUGGGAUAUGAGGUGGCGCAGGUAGGCCAUGCAUGAGAGGUUAUGAAACAUAAAUAAAAUACUGUUCAUUUGAAAUAUUUUCAGUUUUGCUAUUAAGCCUACAAUAACCGUAAAAGAGUUGUUUUGCACAUUGUCACAGUCAUGCUCACUGAUUACUAUGUUUAUGGAAUAUUUGAUUUGGUACAAUGCAGUGACAUAAAACCAUGUGGAACAAUAACCAAAUAUAAAAGACUAUUUAGAAAUAAUAUAAUAAAGAUGGAAUUAUGAUGAUGUAGACUCCGAUUGUUUGUUAUUGUUUUGUUUUCGUUUUGUUGGAGGUGUAACAUGAAUGUCAGACCAUUAAUUUGUUUCUGCAUGGGUGCAUGUAUUAUUUGUAUAUUCAUAAAACAAAAUAGUUAAUUAUAUAAACAUAUUUUUUAGUUUUAUUUAUUUAAUUUAUUUUAAUUAAUUUCUUCUUAUUAUCAUGGUCGACUAUGGUUUAGUCGGCAUUUCCGUAAAUUGUCAUCCAAUUAUUGUAGUUCAAAACAACUAGACGAAACAACUGGAUAAAGGAUAGAGGACCUGGCAACCCUUUUAGGGGGCGUGUAUAAGGGUGGAGUUUGUGAUGAAAAGCAACCAAUCAUAGGAAUAUAUCCGGCAACAACUAUUUUGUUGAAACGUCACUGCCACGUAGAGGUUUGAUUGAUCGCACAUGUUGUUCCUGCUUGUGCAGCGUAAAGUGAACGCACUUGUUGUAUCGUGUUUGUUUGUUUGUGUGUGUGUGUGUGUGUGAGUGAGUGAGCGGAGCAGAAGCGGAGGAUGUUGAUGUUGACCGUGCUGAGCUGCCUCUGCUCUUCCCUCCUGCUGCUGCUGCUCUCGGUCAGCGGGGGGAAACUGCCCGAGGCUGAAGUGGAGAUAGAAGUGCUGCACAAACCUUUCCUCUGUCGCCGAAAGUCUAAGUAUGGAGACAUCCUGCUCGUGCACCACGACGGCUACUUUGAGAACGGGACCAUGUUUCACUCCAGUCGGAACGAGGGUGACAAGCAGGCCAUGUGGUUCACACUUGGCAUCAAGGAAGCGAUAAAAGGCUGGGACAAAGGCCUACAGGACAUGUGUGCCGGAGAGAAGAGGAAACUGAUCGUUCCUCCAGCACUGGCCUAUGGGAAGGAAGGAAAAGGUAAGAUCCCACCCGAAAGCACGUUGACCUUCAUCAUUGAAGUUCUUGAGAUCAGAAAUGGACCGAGAUCGCACGAGUCAUUCCAGGAGAUGGACCUCAACGAUGACUGGAAACUCUCCAAACAUGAGGUCAAAGAAUACCUGAAGAAGGAGUUUGAGCGUCACGGCUACCCGCCCAAUGACACUCUGCACGAGAACAUGGUGGCAGAUAUCUUUGCAAAAGAGGAUAAGAACAAAGAUGGCGUCAUAUCCUCCAGAGAGUUCACAUACAGACAUGAUGAACUUUAAAGUCGUGGAUCAAGGUGGUUGAGAAGAUUCUCUCAGGUUCUCCAAAUUAUCUUUUUGAAGCGGUGUGUUGCGGGUGAUGGGACAGUGAUUUUGUUAAAUGUUCUACCUUAUGUGAUGUAGUUUUUGCCUUUUGUGUGUGUUCUUCCACUUCUUUCUGUGGCAAACGACCAAAUGUUGUCCCUUUGGGAAAAUGGUCUGACUUUUCUAAGUUUAAACCUUUUAGAACUUCCUGUACUAAAGCCUAAUUCACUCGUCUGAGGGAACCAAAAGAGGUGAAUACCUGGAAUGACACGGUACAAACACUGCCACAGACAGAUGAGAAAACCCAGACAUUGACAUUACAGUUUUCUAAUUUGUGGUGAUAAAAGAAUGAUUUUCUCUCCAUAUCCAGAGAAGACUCAUGUGAUGGCACACAGGGUAAUAACUGUACCUGUUGAUAACUGUACCAGAGUGCUGGAGGCUGUUUUUGAAGUAUUGCACACGCGACUCUUUAAACCAGAAAAUGUUCCCCUUAGUGCUGACUAGAAUCCAGAUCAUCCUGUUUCUUUGGAAUUUACUUUUGUUCAUGUAAACAAGUCAAAACUAAUCCCAAUAAGGCAAAUGGCUGCCCUGAUUUGGGCAAAUUUGUGCAUUUGUUUUUUCUUCUGUCUAAAUAAACCAUUAAUAAAUGUGGUCACCUUCUUAAAACAGAA